AUAUGUACACGUUUUGUGUAUUAAGAGGAUCUCCUCAUCAUAUUCGAAUUUAUAUCCAUUCGCAUCCAAAUAGAAGCCAUCCAAUGAAUAAGUAUUGUCUAGUUGGCUGUCCGGCCCGCCGGCCGGCCGGCUGGCCGGGUGAUGGUGAUUGUGCUGGCUGCGCUUGGAGGGUUGCGCUCCGCUCCGCUCCGCUGUUGGUCGUAGUACUGUGCUUUUGUGUCUGCCCUCUCCCAGGGUCUCAUGGCUCCUCCCUCGCGCCCGGUGCGCCACAGUUUAGGUCCAUCUGUCCUCUCUACAAUAGAUAGCAGCAGGAGCACUCGCCUUACAAACCAUCAGUCGCGGCCACUUUCAGUGUCGGUUAUUACGCUACGUGUAGCAUGGUCGUCUAAAUGAGCGACUUCCUCUUUUGUUGCAAACAUAGCACGCAUAUGCAUCCGACCAACGAUAACAACAACAACAGAACGAAAAUAUCACCGGGUGUCAUUUAGGCAAUUGCCACAUUGUGCAUUUGACCCUCACUCGAUGCUGCUGAACACGAGACAUUAUGGUUUUUUGAAGUCUGAACGUUGCAGUUCUGUUUUUUCCGGAACAGAGUUAAAGUAAACGAAAGGUCGAUCGGCGAAAAGCUAUAAGGGCGACAUCAUCCAGUCGGGAACUGCGAAGGGAAAAGUCCGCAGACUCAUCAAAGCGCAACCGGCCGGCCGGCCGGCAGAUCGGUUACCACUCCUGCGACAAAUCCGGUGUUUUUUUUCUAGCAACGCGCACCUCUUGUCAAGUUAACCAGAGGAAAACAGCGGAGUGAAGUCACGCUUAAGAAACAAAGUGCAUUCGCUGAAUGGUGUAUCAGGACUCAGAAAGCUUUAGGAGCCGUGCUGACGGUCUAGUUCCUGGAGAAUAAAUCGCCCAAAGCAGGGCAUUUUCCUGAGAAACUCAGGAGAAAUUAAUAAUUGCUUAAUCGUUUGAUAUAUUUAUCUGAAGUAUAGUGAAACUGUAUUUAUGAUAUCGCUAAACAGAAGCAUUAUCGCGUUGUAGGCGCGUCAUUUGGUGCUCGACAGUGGCUAAGUUCGUGACAGUGACCCCCUUCUCUAUCUAAUUGCACGAAAGAUUGACACCAUCACAACUCUUUCCGCAGAACUACAAGACUACCGGACCGCUUGAUGACAACGAACUAUUAAGCAACCGUAUUUCUUAUAGCGUUACUGUGUAGAGCGUGCAAGUGUCCGUUUGCAUGAAUGUGUGCAACUACUCGUGUGUCUCUAAGCGAUUGCUAUAACACGCAAGCACACACGCCGUAGGAGGUACAGAAUAUCUGGGAGGACCUACACGUGACUGUUUCGGCGGCCAUGGCUCAAUCUGCAGCACUUCAAGCUGUCCGUAAGAUUCGUCAAUUUAGCGAAAUUCCAGGUCCAUGGCCAUCGUUACCAGUUGUCGGCACCAAUUGGCAAUACUGGGGCCAUAAGCAGGACUCCCAAUUGCAUAAGGCUUUUGAAGACAAAUUACAAAAGUACGGGCCCAUUUGUAAAGAGGAGUACCAAUUUAGAAGGCCCGUCGUUCAUCUGUUUGAUGCGGAAGAUUUUCCCGCUUUAUUCAGAGCUCAGGGAAGCUGCCCGAUUCGUCCUCCCGUAGAGUUCGUUUGUAAAUACCGUCGUGAAAAUUCGGAUCGCUAUCCGGGGGUCGGCCUCAGUAAUGCACUCGGCGAGGAAUGGCACCUUCUUCGAUCAACAUUGGCUCCUGUUCUUAAACAAAUUGGAGAUAAAGCGACCGUCAAGGAUACUUACGGCGCGCUUCAAUGGGAAAUUUGUCAAGAUUGGGUACGGCACCUUGAAGAUCAAGCUUCUAAUAGUGGAGGAAUCGUAGCAGAUAUACAAGACUCGUUAUACAUGCUUACACUCGAAUCUAUAUUUGCUAUGUGUUUAGAACGUCGAUUGGGGUGCCUUGCUGGUGACACGAGAGCAGUAGAGCUCGUUGAAGCUACUAAGAAGCUGUUCAGUUCAUAUCAAAAGCUCACCUAUGGAAGUCCGCUCUGGAAAAAAGUGCCCUCUUAUCGGUAUGAAGAGUACACAAACACCGAGGAUACGAUCUACGGGUUGACAUCGGAAUUACUGGCGGAAUGUUCUGCUUCGGCAGAGCAAAGUCUACUCCUAAAAUCAUUAAUGUCCCUGCCGAGUUUUACAUGGAAAGAUAUACAGUUGACGGUCAUGGACUUCAUAGUCGGGGGCAUUUUCUCCAUGACCCAAACCUUAACUUUUUUCAUACAUCAGAUAGCCGUGCAUGAAAAUGUGCAAGCGACAAUCUACGAUGCUUUACAGGACCAAGAAAAUAAGCCAGGGGAGUCACUUGCUAGCCACCCUUAUAUAAAGGCUUGCUUGAAAGAAACGUUUCGACUUUCGCCGUCCGUGCCCGGUCUGAUGAGGAUUCUUCCACAGGAUACCGUACUCUGCGAUUAUCAUAUCCCCGCUGGAACAGCCGUCUUUGCAAAUUCAAUGGUCGCCUGUCGUAGUGAGUUGGCUAUACCUCUUCUGAUUGGGCGCAAUGUAUCUUGCCCUGAUCUCCGACAAGAGCUGGAGCGGCAAGAGCGCGAAGAGCAAGCACAGCAACAGCAACUGCUAACUUAUAAAAGUUUAAACGACUCAUCUUCGGAUAUGGUCGACCUCAUCAGCACGGCAGCCGACAGAGACAUUGAGGACAACGAAUUCAGAGGGGGUUUUGGAGUGCGACUACCUGAGUUAGGCGUCGACAUAGGCUCAAUGGAAUGUCUUCUAGCGGACGAUGAGCUCGCCCCGUCACCCACCCCUCUUGAAGACUGUAACAAGAACUCUUCCGAGUUAAGCAUUCGCAAACUCGGCAAUGAAGAUAGUCUGUUGCGCACGUCGCUUCGACGUCGCCGAGACUCAAAUUCGAUAUCUUCAGUGGCGUCUUUGGCAGUACCAAAAAUCACUGUUAGUGAUCAUUCGAAGAAGCGAUCGUCCAUGUCAUCAUUUACUGCUUCGGUACCAUCUUCCAAAGCACCCAUCAUGUUAUCCUCUAGCUUUAGCUUUACAGAGACGGGUAUUGGAAUGAAAACAGCAGACAAGACAGGCAAUCAUUUGAAAGAUAUUACAGCCGCUAAUGUCAGCAGCGCGGACCCGCAUAGCGGCGAGCAAGUGAAAUUACUUUGGAAGUUAAGUAAACUGGCUAAAAGAUGGUACUGCCAGUUGAAAGAAGAUUUUUCGGAGAUGCGACCCUUCGAGAUCGAAGAUAAGCCAUUAUUCGAAGUCGACGAAUUUUCUAUAAAAAAUACAACGGAUGCACUCAACCGCUUCGAUGAUCUGUUUGCUGCUCUGGUUGACGGUCCUCUGCGUGAUUCAUAUAAUGAGGCGCUUCGUGUCACACAGUGGACGUACCCUUUACAGACACUUCUUACCCUCAUAGUGCUUUUACAUUCCCUUUGGAUGGAUUACCUUGUCGCAUUAGUUUUGGUCUCUCUAUGCGUAUCUUUGAUUCGCAACUACAUGAUCGCUCAGGGCUGGAUAAUUGAGAAGGACCGUAUGGAUGUCGAUACUCGCCGAAGAACCAACGCCGUUCGAGUGACCAAGCUGUUCCAACUAAAUCUCCGUGUAGUGAAAGUGUUCCAACUCUUGACGGAUGGAAUGGAUAAAGGGUUGGCCUUGUGGACCUGGAAAAGGCCUGAAAUAACCGGGAUCUUGUUUGGGACACUAGCUGGUGGUGCCCUCUUAUCAGUUCUUGCCCCGGCAGGCCUCCUCAUUAAAUUCGUUGGGACCGGGCUUCUGGCGAAGUUAUUUUUGUUCGACUAUAUCUUUUUCCGAUUUCCUCGAGUGCGUGCGAAAUAUGACCUACUCUACAAUUGGUUUAAGGAGUUGCCUACCAGUGCCGCAGUUCAUCGUAAACCUGUCUCUCUCGUUUUGGCGAGCUGUGUAUAAGCUGAUCGCCGCCCUCGUUCGUGUUCCAUUCCAAUUCGCGUGCAAUUUUCUGAAAGCUUCGUUGAUUUUUGAAAUCGUCUGCAAUCACCGUACUCGUCUACUACAACCCCUGUAACCACUACUGCGUUAAGCAUGAUAACUUUAAUGCAGGUUUGUACCCCGCAUAUGGCUCGCUGUCUUUGUCCCACUACCGUUGCCAGGCCUCACAGACAGGUCUCCUUUCGAGUUUGUGUUCUGUGCGUCGCUUUCCUUGUUCAAUAUUUGCGCUACUCGUACAGAGAGUUCAUUUUUAGUUGUGCGCCGAUAUUGCUAUCGUCAGUACCACCUCGAUCAGCAGAAGUCUAUCUGCUGAAAACUGGCGCGCUACUACCGAACUACUUGGUGAGUGUAUGGGUAGAUACGCCUGUCAUCUUUGAUGCAUGGCCAUCGCAGAGCCCUGUAAUAGGAAAGGGCCAAGUAUGUGAUGGACUCGCCCGCUCUCAAGGGUGAAAGAGAGAAUCCCCACGUCAGGAUGUAAGAGUCUAAGGUGUGUUGGUCACGCAUCAAUUUAGGCACUUUUGCGCACUUUUUGAAUAAUUUUCGGUACGCUGAAUAGCUCUAACUGUACACGGUAAUCGGUUUGAUGUGUCUUUAGGGAAUAACAAAAGCAAGGGCCUGGAUCCGCAUACUAAGGCUUUUGACAAGAAAAGAUACAUCUAUCUAGAUUUUAGCUUAUUCGAAAUCGUACCUGUGUUCUAUUUACUGACUAUAGGGAUUAUGCAUUAGGUGCGUUUUUUAAUUCGUAAAAUUAUGCUCGACAUAUAUUAUAACUAAUAUGUGAUUUCCACAUAAAAACAAGUGAUUUUUGUCCCAAGUAGAAGAGAAAUAAGGUUGCUGGAAAUCAUGUGCGUAUGCGCGCUAGGAGAGAAGCAUUUGAAUAGCUUCUGCAUUUGUUGUUGCGUAACUAAUCAAGGGUAUGUCAAAUGUCUUAUUUGUGCGAUUUAAAAGAGAAAUAAUCAGUCUAUCAGUAUAAUAUAAAUAUAUUAAAACUGUAUUUUUCACUUUUGAUGAAUGUCUGCGAUUAUUGAAGCAUUUUUCACAAUCAGCAGCUUUUGAUACUUUCUUGAAAACUUUAUCAUUAAGAUUGUCUGUGGCAAAUUGAGCGCAAAUUUCUGCUAUGUUUUACUUUCCCUAUUGAAAAGCCGGACUGUCAGUGAAAAUUAGUCUAAUUUUCACUGACAGUCCGGCUCCAAAAUGUACAUUUUGAAAAACUUUAAAUAUUUACCAUUCGCAUAAGGCUAAAAUUUAAUUUGCUUCUUCUAUUAAUCUGGCGGUAGACUUAUAGUGUAAAAAUAAACCGUGGCGUAGGUUCAAAGCUUACUUCUAUUUCGCAACAAUAAUUACGGUUAAAAUAGCAUCUGUCUCAAUUGUCAACCUGCUUUUUUUCCUUUAUUCGUUUGCUAAUUGCGAAAUGAUAUCUUACUCAAGUAAUUUCCUGCUGCUUUCCUCCCCUACUGUAUAUAUAUCUUGCCAAUUUUUCACAUGAGAAUAUUGCAUGACAAUUAGCUACAUUCAUUAUCCCAAAUUACGUUUUUGCUACCUUCAUCUAUCUUUUUCGAAUUUAGCAUAACUAUUAAAAAGCGAAAAAGCACAACCUUUCUAUAUAGCGCUCUCUAUGCCUUUGUUUGUCAGCAGGCUAUUUCUUUGGGCUGAAUAAAAAUUCUCCUCACAUUAUUCGGUACAAUAUUAGAAAAGUGCUCUUUGAGUUUGCUCAAAUGCACGUGCACUUUGCUAUACCAGCGUGAGGCAAUAAGUGACAAAACGCCAAAAAAGAACGCCAAUAAUAUUUAAAAAAAAAAAGCGUCUGAACAUUUAAAAAAGAUAUAUCAUUUUUUAGGUCGGGCGCCCAAACCGGAAACAAUAUAGUAGCUUCAAUAAAACAGUUUAUUUGUACAAAGGAACAAUUCAUAUUGAUGUUGACGCAAAUGUUGGCCCUACAGCCAGAUCGCCACUGCAGACGAGACACUGUGCCCAAAAAGUGGAGAGACUCGCUCUGAAUAUGAACUUCAACUGGACUGGAAGUUUUCCGAGGCACAACAAAAAAGGUGAUAUAGUACAGCGCAUAAUGGAUGAUGCACCUCCUAGGAUUGUUUCUGACCAUUCUGUAAGAAUGCUUCCAUCAACUAAAUUUGUUGCCUCUGGCCGAACCGAAGAUGGCCCAGUGUAUCUCAUAGGCGUUUUAGCAUAUGACAUCUUCAGUUAAAGUGCCGCAUAUGGACGUAAAGGAAUCAUCAUGUCAUGACGACUUUAUGGUACGGCGCAAACUAUAGGUGCCUAUCGGAUAAGUUUUAUUUUAUUCAGCUGUUAGUGGCUUUGGCUACAUAGCCAGAAUUAAAAAUCUUCUUACGCUUACAUGAAUUUUACUUAGACAGUACUCGUUUCCAAUACAACAGUGCAUAAAAACGGUGGGAUUGUACUACCAUCGAAAGACUGAACUUAUCGAAGGAGAGCUCCAGUGAAUACUCUAUUCCCCGGACGCAUCCAUGGCUUACCUGGACCACACAUGUGAACUCAAGGCACUAGAUUUUUUAAGAGUUUUUUUUAAAAGCAAAGCUUUUAAGUCCAGGCCUCGCCUACUUUGGAGAGAAAAUAUCCAGCAAGAAACUAUACUCACCACUCGAUUUAGGUAAAUAACUAUCGAAAAUUGUGUACCUCUAUUUUGGCUUAUAAGAAAUCCCGAAGCCAUCGUCAAAGUAACCUGAAGUGCAAAAAAUACCAAAAAAUUGAAUCGUUUAUUAUAUACGAUAUCAAAGUAUCGUGCACAUUCAACAAGGUGAUGUUAUCAGAUCUGGAAAUGGGCACACCGUACGUGGAUGAUCCUAUACACUGUUAGACUGACGGAGACUAAAAGGUUCCAAUUGUGUGCAUACCAUACCUUAUUCGUUACCAUACCCACGAUAGGGCAGUAAACUACUGGGCCAAAUACUGCAUGGUCAUGCCCUGACGCUGUCUCUUCGC